AUGGCUCCUAGACUUCCUCCUCCCCCUCAACCAAACGAGCCGGAUACGUCCAACAAUUCUAGGUUGUUGGAGUCGGUUAUUGAACGCCUGCAACAACAAAAUACUACACUUAUGGAGCAGAAUGCAGCUGCUCUAAGAAGUCUUGAGGCCGCAAGAGAAAACUCUGAAGCCACUCAGAGACAAUUAAUGGAACUCAUUGCUGCUACUAGAGGCACGCCAGGAGCGUCCUCUUCCAAUGCCGUUCACCAUACCGAGUGGAGUUUGGAGAGCUUUCUCCAACACCAUCCGUCCAAGUUUAGUGGGAAAGGUCUCCCUGAUGAGGCAGAUCAGUGGCUGCAGGAUAUGGAACGAAUUUACAAUGCUAAGAGAUGUCCAGAUGAGAAUCGAUUGGCUUUCACGAAGUAUUUGCUUACGGGAGAAGCAAGCCACUGGUGGGCGAGCGCUAAGGCUAUACUUACGGACGCUCACAGACCUAUUACUUGGGAGGUUUUCAGGAACAAAUUCUAUGAGGAGUACUUCCCUGAUAGCGUCCGUUUUGCUAAGGAAGUGGAGUUUCUUCAGCUAGUACAGGGAGGGAUGUCCGUUUCAGAGUAUACAAAUAAGUUCAAACACUUGGUGAGGUUCUAUACAAUGGCUACUAGUGAAGAGUGGCAGUGUAGGAAGUUUGAAAAUGGGCUGAGAAGUGAUCUCAAGGUGUUGAUCUCUAGCUUGUGCAUUCGGACGUUUCCAGCCAUAGUUGAGAGAGCUAAAGUGUUAGAGAAAAAUAUGGCUGAGGCGGAACAACAGAAGAAACAACAAGUAUCAAGAGGGCCAAUUCUGUCGAGAUCCAAUGUGAAUAGAAACAGGACCCCGUAUGCUCGUCCAGCUCAGUCAGGUGGUUCGCAAGCUAUGGUAGUUGCUGGACAAUCAAACCAACAGGGGCCGGUUAGAUGUUUCCAGUGUGGAGGACCUCAUUUCAGGUCAUCAUGCCCUCAAUUGGUAGGAGUAAAGUAUUGCACACGUUGUAGAAGACAUGGCCACCUGGAGAACGAGUGCAAUAUGGGUGGACGUGCAGUGAUGAGGCCACCCAACACUGGAAGAAAUCAGACUAGAGGUGGUGGACGAGCCCAAGCUGUCGGGCGUGUUUAUGCGAUCACUGGUGCAGAAGCAGCGAGCUCAG